AUGGUGGUGCAGAGCGGGAGGGGCGACGCGACGCGCGAGCGAGAGACGGAUCUGGACGGCGUCGACGAGACGCUGGACGAGGAGAGCGUGCUGUGCACGCGCGAUCGGCGAGGGUUGGGAGCGAUCGAGGAGGUGUUUGGACCGGUGAGCGCGCCGCUGUACGCGCUGCGGUUGCCGGAGGAGGUGACGGCGGAGACGGGGGACGAGGUGUUCGUCGUCGUCGGGCGGUCGAGGAGGAUUCCGAACGUCGCGAGGUUGUAUAAGAAGGGGUACGACGCGAGCGGUAAGGAUGACGAGGAAGUGGUCGAGGAGGAAGAGUUCAGCGACGACGAAGAGGAAGCCGCGGCGAAAGCGGCGCGGAAAAAGGCGAACGGAAAGAAGCGAUCGUCCGGCGCGCGCGGCGGCGGCGCCAAGCCGUCGCCGAUGGGCGGCGGCGGUAUGUUCGGCAUGCGCGGGCUUCCGCGACCGCCACCGCCGCCGCCGAGCGCGGCAAUGGGACAGAUGGGCGUCGGCGGCGCGCCGCCGCCACCGUCCGCCGCUGGGCAGCCGAUGAUGUACGUGCCGGUGCGAUACGACGCGCGAGGGCGACCGACCAUCGUGAUGCCGCCGGCGCGCGGACCGCCGCCGCCGCCGCCGCCGCCACCGUCCGCGUGA